GCGUCGGGCUGCGGGAGCCGCGGCGGCACGAGCAGGAGGAUGGCGGAGGCUCGGGACCGGCUCUAUCGAGCGGAGUACGCUAAGAGCGGCCGCGCCUCUUGCAAGAAAUGCAGCGAGAGUAUCCCCAAGGACUCGCUGCGCAUGGCCAUCAUGGUGCAGUCACCCAUGUUCGAUGGAAAGGUCCCACACUGGUACCACUUCUCCUGCUUCUGGAAGGUGGGCCACUCCAUCCGGCAGCCUGACGUCGAGGUGGACGGGUUCUCUGAGCUGCGGUGGGAUGACCAGCAGAAGGUCAAGAAGACGGCAGAGGCUGGGGGAGUGGCAGGCAAAGGCCAAAAUGGAGCUGGUGGCAAAGCAGAGAAGACCUUAGGUGAUUUUGCCGCAGAGUACGCCAAGUCCAACAGAAGCACAUGCAAAGGGUGCAUGGAGAAGAUAGAGAAGGGUCAGGUACGCCUGUCCAAGAAGAUGCUGGACCCAGAGAAGCCACAGCUGGGCAUGAUUGACCGCUGGUACCAUCCGAACUGCUUUGUCAAGAACCGAGAAGAGCUGGGCUUCCGGCCUGAGUACAGUGCCAGCCAACUCAAAGGCUUCAGCCUCCUGUCGGCAGAGGACAAAGAAACCCUGAAAAAGCAGCUCCCGGGGGUCAAGAGUGAAGGAAAGAGAAAAGGUGACGAAGUGGAUGGGACAGAUGGAGUGGCCACAAAGAAGCCUAAGAAAGAGAAGGACAAGGACAGCAAGCUAGAAAAGGCACUCAAGGCCCAGAACGACCUGAUCUGGAACAUCAAGGACGAGCUGAAGAAGGCAUGUUCCACCAGUGACCUGAAGGAGCUGCUCAUCUUCAACCAGCAGCAAGUACCAUCUGGAGAGUCUGCGAUCUUGGACCUAGUUGCCGAUGGCAUAGCAUUCGGGGCCCUCCUGCCCUGUAAGGAGUGCUCCGGCCAGCUGGUCUUCAAGAGUGAUGCUUACUACUGUACUGGGGAUGUCACUGCCUGGACCAAGUGCGUGGUCAAGACACAGACUCCCAACCGGAAGGAGUGGGUGACCCCGAAGGAAUUCCGAGAGAUUGCUUACCUCAAGAAAUUGAAGGUCAAAAGGCAGGACCGGCUAUUUCCCCCCGAGUCCAGUGCCGCAGCGCCAGCAGCACCUCCGCCCUCAGCAGCCCCGGCACCCGCUCCUACUGUGAACUCCUCUGCCCCAGCAGGUAAGCCACUGUCCAACAUGAAGAUUCUGACGCUUGGGAAACUCUCGCAGAACAAGGAUGAAGUGAAGGCUGCAAUUGAGAAACUUGGUGGCAAGUUGACAGGAACAGCCAGCAAGGCCUCCCUGUGCAUCAGUACUAAGAAGGAGGUGGAGAAGAUGAGUAAGAAGAUGGAGGAAGUGAGAGCAGCCAGCGUCCGUGUUGUGUGUGAGGACUUCCUCCAGGAUGUGUCUGUCUCCACCAAGAGCCUCCAGGAGUUGCUGUCAGCCCACAGCUUGUCCCCCUGGGGGGCUGAGGUAAAGACAGAACCUGUUGAAGUAGCGGCCCCCAAGGCGAAGUCAACUGCACCCGCCAAGAAGAGCAAAGGUCCCACCAAGGAGGAAGGUGUCAACAAAUCUGAAAAGCGAAUGAAAUUGACACUUAAGGGAGGAGCAGCUGUCGAUCCUGACUCUGGUCUGGAACAUUCUGCACAUGUCCUGGAGAAAGGUGGGAAGGUCUUCAGUGCCACUCUUGGCCUGGUAGACAUCGUGAAAGGGACCAACUCCUACUACAAGCUGCAGCUUCUAGAGGACGACAAGGAGAGCAGGUAUUGGAUCUUCCGGUCUUGGGGCCGUGUGGGCACAGUGAUUGGCAGUAACAAACUGGAACAGAUGCCAUCCAAGGAAGAUGCCAUUGAGCACUUCGUGAAAUUGUAUGAGGAAAAAACCGGAAAUGCCUGGCACUCCAAAACCUUCACAAAGCAUCCCAAAAAGUUCUAUCCCCUAGAAAUUGACUAUGGCCAGGACGAGGAAGCCGUGAAGAAGCUGACGGUAAAACCCGGCACCAGAUCCAGGCUCCCUAGGCCGGUGCAGGAGCUUGUGGGGAUGAUCUUCGACGUGGAGAGCAUGAGGAAAGCCCUGGUGGAGUUUGAGAUCGACCUUCAGAAGAUGCCCCUGGGGAAGCUGAGCAGGAGGCAGAUCCAAGCUGCCUACUCCAUCCUCAGUGAGGUGCAGCAGGCAGUGUCACAGGGCAGCAGCGACUCCCAGAUCCUAGAUCUCUCCAAUCGCUUCUAUACCCUGAUCCCUCACGACUUUGGGAUGAAGAAACCACCCCUUCUGAACAACGCAGACAGCGUGCAGGCCAAGGUGGAAAUGCUGGACAACCUCCUGGACAUUGAGGUGGCCUAUAGUCUUCUCAGGGGUGGAUCUGAUGACAGCAGCAAGGACCCCAUUGAUGUCAACUACGAGAAGCUCAAAACUGACAUUAAGGUGGUUGACAAGGAUUCUGAAGAAGCCGAGGUCAUCAGGAAGUACGUUAAGAACACUCACGCAACCACACACAAUGCCUACGACCUGGAAGUGAUUGAUAUCUUUAAGAUAGAGCGUGAAGGAGAGAGCCAGCGCUAUAAACCCUUCAAGCAGCUUCACAACAGGAGGUUGCUGUGGCACGGGUCCAGGACCACCAACUUUGCCGGGAUCCUGUCCCAGGGUCUGCGGAUAGCCCCACCUGAAGCGCCUGUGACAGGCUACAUGUUUGGAAAAGGAAUCUACUUCGCUGACAUGGUAUCCAAAAGUGCCAACUACUGCCACACAUCUCAGGGAGACCCGAUAGGCUUAAUACUGUUGGGAGAAGUUGCCCUUGGGAACAUGUAUGAACUGAAGCAAGCUUCACAUAUCAGCAAGUUACCCAAGGGCAAGCACAGUGUCAAAGGUUUGGGCAAAACUACCCCUGACCCUUCGGCCAGCAUCACUCUGGAAGGUGUGGAGGUUCCACUAGGGACUGGGAUCCCGUCAGGGGUCAAUGACACCUGCCUGUUGUAUAACGAAUACAUUGUCUAUGACAUUGCUCAGGUGAAUCUAAAGUAUCUGCUGAAACUGAAGUUUAAUUUUAAGACAUCCCUAUGGUGAAAUAUGCAGUGGACUGAGCCACGCCCCAGGAACUAUGGGGUGGAUUCCCCCAGGUGCUCGUGUAUUCAUGGACACACAGCAAAACCUCAUCUAAGCCGUCGAGGGGUGUUACUCUCGUCAAAUCUCCUAAGGAAGACUUUUCUAUGAACAGGUUCAAAGGUUUUCCUAACAUUUCAAGUCUCUUGUUCAUGUUGCUUUUGGGGUAGGAAGGUGGUUUGGGGGUUUUAUCCUGCCAGGCACAGCAGAUAGGGGAAAAGUCGGGAAGAGGAUUUUUGUUUUGUUUGCCUAGACUAGCUAGUCCUAUGGGGAAAAAUAAGCCACAUCGCAAUGUCUGCCUUACUGGUUCCCCAAGGAAAGAAAAUGUGCUUCCUCCCCUUUUUUUCAACUGUUCAUCUUUAGUUUGGGUUUUGACAAAACGAUAAGCAUUUAUUUUUAGCUAAAAAUAAAAACUAAUUUCAUACUAUGUAGAUUUCUUUUUUAUCUUGUAUUUACUGUCCCCUUCUUAAGUCUUUUGGGGCUUUUGUGUUGCUUUGGUUGUGAUGAUGGAGAUCAAACGGGAGCUUCCGCUUCUAGAAAUAGAGCUGCUUCUCACAGCUGUAGCUGGAGAAGCUUUCUGAAUAUGUAGUGUGGUCAAUUAGAGUUGCAUUUGGAAUUCUUGACUCCGUUCAUGAGCAAUUUUGUCUUCCAAAUUAAAGCCAUCUGUAAUCACCAAUAUAGCUACCCGAGGGCUAAUAGUUCUUGUCAAUUAAACUGCAAAUGGCUCUCUA